UUCCCCUCUAUGCCCAUCUGUACGACCGUUGGAAAAGGGGGGGGGGGGGGGGGGGCUGGGGUUCUUCAACUGACCGACAACCUAUAAACCGCCUUCCCUCCGUACCAUCUUGCUCCAGACUUACUUCCUCGGACCUUAGACCUCUUCCUUCACCAUCCUCUAUUUCUUCCCCAUACACAUCGUCCUUGAAAAGUCAGACAUCCACUUUACCACACCGUCGGUCUCAUCCCAGACAAUAGGGACACAGACACACAAUGGCUCCGGGUAUUCUCGUCGAUGAGCCUUCGGCCGCUCCCACCACGUCGGCCAAGUGGGUUGGGAAGAACGAUGAAGCACCUAGAGAGAUCUUCCCCGACGGUAUCCGGACAUCGGGCCAACACAAUCCCAUCUACGACCUACUGCGUCCUUACGAGGACUUCCCCAAGGAGAUCACUGGUCCCACGGUCUGGUCCAAGGAGCAGUUCGAGAACCAGCCCGACAAGUGGACACAUCCCUUCACCGCCGAAGAGGUAGAAGAGCUGAGCCGGACCGCCGACGCCUUCAUCGCUAGCGGCACCCCUUUGACCGGCAUCUCCAAGGAGAACUUCCCCCUCCCCACACUCAGCAAAGCCCUCGCCGACGUGCGGGAAGACAUCAUCAACGGCAAGGGCUUCAUCCUCUUCAAGAACUUCCCAGCCGGUGAAUGGGGCCCCCGCAAGAACGCAGUGGCCUACAUGGGGCUAGGCACGUACCUGGGCUACUUCGUCUCGCAGAACGGCCGGGGCCACGUGCUGGGCCACGUCAAGGACGUAGGCGACGACGCCUCGCAGAUCGACAAGGUGCGCAUCUACCGCACCACGGCGCGCCAGUUCUUCCACGCCGACGACGGCGACGUCGUGGGCCUGCUGUGCGUGCACCGCGCCCUGCGCGGCGGCGAGAGCGACCUCGCGAGCAGCCACGCCGUGUGGAACGCCCUGCAGCGCGAGCACCCGGACGUCGCCGCCCUGCUGACCCGGCCCGUGUGGCACUUCGACCGCAAGGGCGAGGUUUCGGACGGCCAGGACGGGUGGACGCGGCAGCCCGUGUUCUACCUCGAGCCCGGCGGCCGGGGCCGGGGCCGCGUGUACAGCAAGUGGGACCCGUACUACGUCCGCUCACUGGCGCGGUUCUCGGAUGCCGGGCUCGUGCCGCCGCUGAGCGCCGAGCAGGAGCGCGCCAUGGCCGUGCUGGAGGAGACGUGCCAGAGGUUGGCGCUGCAUAUGGUUCUGGAGGUGGGGGACAUCCAGUUUGUCGCCAACACGCACGUCUUGCAUGCCCGGACGGCCUACGAGGACCGCGCUCCCCCGGCGCCGCGGAGGCACUUGCUGCGGCUUUGGCUGUCGACGCCCGAGGAGGAGGGGGGCUGGGUGCUGCCGUUCCCUGAUAGCAAGGAGAAGAAGAGGGGUGGCAUCCAGGUGAACAAUGUCCCGCCCAGGGCGCCCUUGGAUGCGGAGUAGACGGUGGAAGCGAGGCAGGAUGGGAGGGUCAUGAUUGAAUGAAAACAGGCGUUGAUUGGGGGACAAACUGUUGGAUGUGUAUGGGCGAUGCUUUAGUCGUUUCAUACUGAUUUUAUUUCCUUUACCCUUGCACUUA